AUGUCCUCUUCAGGGCUGGAUGUCUCGCAGCUAUCUGACAGCGAAAAGUCUGCUCUCGAGACCUAUAUCGCCGUGACAAGCCAAGAACCAUCUGAAGCUAUUCCUUUGUUACGCCGAUCCCAAUGGAACGUCCAGAUUGCAAUCUCCAAAUUCUUCGAUGGGGAAGGACCUGACCCCGUUGAAGAAGCUCGCGCUGCUUUGAACAAUCCGCCUCCGCCCCGGCCUACCCGUCAAACCCGAAAUCUCAUGAACGAUGACCUGAACGCGCAAUUCUCCCCGGCCGCUCGAGCUUCAGAACCUGCUCCUCGGAUCGUCACUCAAUCGGAGGACCACUCUGUUUACCGACCGCCUUUCUUGCUGGCGCUAUUAUUUACUCCAUUCAACAUCAUAUAUAGAUUACUUUGCACCUCAUUCCGCCUAUUCAGCAGCUUAUUUCCGUUCCUGCCUCGCCUACUUAAUACCACCGCCAACCCAGCUCUGCAGGGUGCUCGACGCCAUAACUAUGGACGUCGGCCUCUUGGACCUCAGGAUACAGCUGCCAGGUUCAUCCGGGAGUUUGAGGAGGAAUACGGGUCUAAUGCUGUGGGAUUUCUGGAAAAUGGUUACAAUAUGGCGCUGGAAAAAGCCCACCGGGACUUGAAGUUCCUCCUAGUGGUUCUUCUUUCUUCCGAACAUGAUGAUACGAACGCGUGGGUCCGAGACACACUACUCUCGCGGGAAGUCAUCGAGUUCAUCAAAGACUCGCAGAAUGAAGUGAUUGUCUGGGGAGGCAAUGUCCAAGAUUCUGAGGCAUAUCAAGUCUCGAACUCCCUCCGGUGCACGAAGUUCCCUUUUGCGGCUGUUAUUGUUCACACUCCCAAUGUGUCUUCAACUGCCAUGUCCGUCGUGUGUAGGAUCUCUGGAACAACAUCGCCAUCAGAGUUUGUGGAGAAGCUCCGAGCAGCAAUUUCACAGAACAAAGAAGCUCUUGAACGAAUCCGGGCCUCGCGAGCAGAGCAACAGGCUUCGCGCACAAUUCGGGAGCAGCAGGAUUCGGCCUACGAGCGAUCACUGGCUAUCGACCGCGAGCGUGCCAGGCAGAGGCGGGAAGCUGAAGCAGCUCGGCAGCGGGCAGAGCAAGAGGCGGCCGAGCGGCAAGCGGCUGAGGAGAAACGUCUCCACGACAUUGCGCAAUGGAAGAGAUGGCGAGCAGCGUCUAUUCAAGACGAGCCUGGGCCCGAGGUUAAGGACGCCAUCCGCAUCAGUAUCCGGCUGCCUUCGGGCGAACGUGUCAUUCGCAAAUUCGCUCCUGAGGCCGGCAUUGAAGAGCUCUACGCUUUUGUCGAGUGCUACGAGGUUCUGCAAGAUGCGCAGGGGAAGCCUUCCGGAGUGGAUAAGCCCGCCGGGUUCGAACAUCAAUACGAAUUCCGACUCGUCUCGCCUAUGCCGCGGACGGUGUAUGAAGUCGAAGCUGGAGGGUUGAUUCGGGACAAGAUCGGUCGCGGUGGGAAUCUCCUUGUGGAACCAAUUGAUGACAGCGACGAGGAAGAGCAGGAAGCACCCUAG